UUAGCGGGAAACGGGAACGGGACAGUUGCUUUCUUCAUUGAAUAAUCUAAAUAAUUAAUACGAAGUGGUGUUUUGUGGUUAAUGAUCGCAUUAAGUUAGUCGGAAGACAUUCGCGAGUGUUAUUACAUUGGAGUAUUCAAUAAACAAAGUGUAUCUGCCUAUUUUCGCUUCGUGCUAGGAAGCCGCUUCAUAGCUCAAAAGUUUAUGCGGACUUUUGAGUUAAUUCGUUUGGGGUUCGGAGUAGGAGUCUACUCCGAGGGUGGGGGCUUAGGUUUCAUCAUCAUCACCUUUCAUCAUUUCAUUAAUCAUCAAGAAAAAAAAUACGUCAGACAUGGCUGUAUGGGCAUAGUUCCCUUUGCCUUACCCUUCGGGGAAAACAAACCAAAAAAAAAAAAAUUAUAUAUGUCAAAAAUUUCUUUAAAAAAUUUAACAUUGCAAAAUCAAGAUUUAUAAUGUGUUCUUCUUAAAAAAACAGUAAACUUUAUCUGCUCCGACUAGGCGGCUAUGUCGGACACUUGUUACUACGUGAUAGCUAAGUACCGGACUAAUCAUGUUUAUCCAAAACUUGCUUAGAUCCGUGAUGUUCGGCGUUCCUAUUGGGAUAACUUUUCUAGACACAGUGGGUUAUGUCGCUAAAGUCGAAGGUAUUUCGAUGCAACCAGUCCUCAAUCCGGAGUCCACAGACACAGACUACGUGUUCUUGUCGAGAUGGGCCGUCAGAGACUACAAGGUAGAGAGAGGAGACGUGGUCUCGCUUGUAUCACCUAAGGACCCCAACCAGAAGAUCAUAAAACGGGUAGUAGCUCUGCAAGGAGACGUCGUGAGCACUUUAGGCUACAAGAACCAAUAUGUAAGGGUCCCAGAAGGCCACUGUUGGGUGGAGGGCGAUCAUACUGGACACACUCUAGAUAGUAAUACAUUUGGGCCCGUGUCCCUAGGCUUAGUCAAUGCCAGAGCCAUUUGGAUUGUAUGGCCGCCUAGUCGAUGGCAGAGUUUAGAUACAAAGUUGCCAGAUAGUAGAAAACCUGUCAGUGCAGCCAAUUUGUAGUACAAAAUCAAACAAAUGUCCAACAAUAAGAAUGUAUAAAUUAGAAAUAGCAUAAGUUUAAUUAUGGGUAAUACAAUAAAUCUGUAUAAGUGUUAAUUUAUCCAUAGUUUAAAUUUUAGAUGCCACAUGAAUGACAACUUAAAGCAUUUUUUCUUUGUAAAUAGUAAAUAAAAGCCAAAUUUAUUUUUCUCAUUUGUUAUGGAUCUCUCUCAGCUAGUCUAUUCAGGGUGUCUAUUGUACUGACCACUGUUAACAUGUACUUACAAUUCAUGAAUGAGUUCCUUGAUUAGUAAAUAAUUAUUUGUAAUAUAGGUAAAAUAGUAGAAAAAAAAUAGCAAAAUAUAUUUUACACACCUUUUUCAAUGAGAAAUUGGAAUACUUUUUAAUUCUAAGGUCACUAUGACUAAAUAAAAUUGUGAACUGAA